GCGUCCCAGUCAGGACCGUCAGGACGUUUAAGUAACGCGAUUCGGUUUUGCAGUGACAUUGAAAGUCAUAUAUUGUCAUUUUAAAUCAUUAAAGUGCUCAGCUGCAGACAUGGCCGAAGAGAUCACACUGUACUGGGGCUCGGGUUCUCCACCCUGCUGGCGUGUGAUAAUCGCGCUCGAGGAGAAACAGCUGCACGGAUACAACAGUAAACUACUGUCGUUUAUGAAAAAAGAACAUAAAAGUGCUGAGGUGUUGGAGCUGAACCCCAGAGGACAGCUUCCAGCUAUGAAGCACGGAGACAGAAUCAUUAACGAGUCGUUUUCCGCGUGCAUGUAUCUGGAGAGUGUGUUUAAAGGGCAAGGCACACAACUGAUUCCAGAUGACCCUGCUGAACAGGCUUUGGUUUAUCAGCGCAUGUUUGAGACAAACACCCUGAUGCAGAAAAUUUAUGAAGUAGCUUUCUAUGAAAAGAUUGUGCCCGAAGGAGAGAGACUUGAAUCUGCCCUGAAGAGAAAAAAAGAUGAUUUAAUUUCUGAGCUGAAACUGUGGAACGGCUAUCUGGAGAAGAUGGGGAAAGGAUCUUACCUUGCUGGCAAAAACUUCACCAUGGCCGAUGUUGUUUGCUUCCCCGUCAUCGCGUACUUUCCACGUCUUAGUUGUCCUAAAGAGAGAUGUCCCAGACUGAUGGAGUAUUAUGAGAUGGUGAAGGAUCGGCCCAGUAUUAAAGCCAGCUGGCCACCACACUGGCUGGAGAAUCCUGAGGCCGAGAGCAAACUGAAGGACUUAUAAAGUUCAACCUUCUGUCACAGACUAAACUUAAACACAACACACACUUUAUAUAAACAAUGCAUUGAGUAUAUAUAACAUUACAAAAUUGCAUUUCAUUUAAACUGAUAUCACACACUAGAAGAAAUGAUACUAAUCUUUUAUUUGUUUGUUAUUUGAAGUUAAUCUGAAGUUUUUGUUCAAUACUUUAAUAAUAACUAAACAUUUAUUAAAAAAUAAUUUUUGUAUCAAGAUAAACUGACUCUUAAUGGAUCUGCAAUUGUAUGUUAACAUAUACAAACAUUUAUAAGUUUUCAAUAAACCAUUUUCUUGUUUCAUCA